ACAAGACAAAUUCAUACAAACCUUUUCUCUCUACCCAGUCUCUUCUUCUAACUGCAAAACUCUCGAAUCGACAGCGGAAAAAUGGCGGAAGAAGGGUGCUGUGAAAAUGGUGAGUCGAGGGUUAACGAAAGAACCCGCUGCAUUUGGGAGACUGUGGACGACGGAGGAGUCGAAAGCAAGAGGUUUUACUUGGCUCGCACGACAGCUUUUGAGAUGCUUCGCGACAGAGGCUACGAAGUUAAUGAAGCUGAGAUGUCACUCUCGCUUUCUGAGUUUCGCUCUGUUUUUGGUGAGAAGCCAGACCUUGAACACCUCCGUAUCUGUGUGCCUCUUCGCUCAGAUCCAAGGAAAAAGAUCCUUGUUGUGUUCAUGGAAUCUGAACCAAUCACAGUGAAAACAAUUCGUGUCAUUCAUAGUCAGAUUUCCAACAAUGUAGGCGUGCGUGCUAUGAUUCUGAUUUUACAGAGCAAAAUGAACCACUUUGCCCAGAAGGAACUGACAACCUUCCCUUUUCCAGUUGAAACUUUCCCGAUAGGAGAUUUGUUGGUCAACAUCACAAAGCAUAUUCAGCAGCCAAAGAUUGAGGUUUUGACCAAAAAGGAGAAAGAACAAUUGCUGAAGAAGCACUCACUUGAGGACAAACAUCUUCCUUAUUUGCAGGAGAGUGACAGCUUCGUCAGGUACUAUGGGUUGAAGAAAAAGCAGGUGGUGAAGAUUACAUACAGUAAAGAACCUGUUGGGUCCUUUGUCACAUACCGAUGCAUCAUCUGAAGAAGGCUAAUUCAUUGCAUUGCAACUACCUGAAGUUUAAUUGGGACACUCCUCUAGUAGUUCAUUUGUCCUUGUGCUUAAUGUUUGCUUACGAUUGUAAUAAGAGAUUGACUUUGGUUUUGAAUGUGGAAAAACUUAGCAAACUA